AUGGCAUUCUAUGGUUGGCCCAUCUCCCAGUGUCAAUCACUUGCGACCCCUCUGGAGAACCAGCUCCAUUCCGGCAUCCGUGUCAUCGACAUCCGUCUUGCAAUGGUCGACAAUCAUCUCAUUGCAUAUCACGGAUUGUACCCGCAACAAGCUUCGUUUCAGGAGGUUAUUUCGGUAUUACAUGCCUUCCUUACCGCACCAGCUACAUGUCGCGAAACCAUCGUCAUGUCGAUCAAGCAGGAGGACUUCGUGACGUCGUCGCAGGCACUGUUCUCGAGGCUGGUGCACGACGAGAUCAUGAACGGGCCUGGCGGGCGAGGCAUGUGGUUCCUCGAGAACAGGAUACCUGAUCUUGGAGAAGUCCGCGGCAAGGUGGUCAUGUUCUCUCGGUUCGGAGGUGAUGGUGCGGGAUGGGAGGGAGGUCUAGAAGGUUUAGGUAUACACCCUACUACUUGGCCUGACAGCGCGAAACCCGGUUUCACUUGGCAAUGUAAGAACACGUUGAUUCGGACGCAUGACUGGUACAACAUACCCUCAUUCCUUUCUAUACCUGAAAAGACAGUCCUCGCCGCUGAGAUUCUCCUUCCUCCUAAGGACCAGACCACAUUUCCCACGCUUGCUAUCAGUUAUUUCUCAGCCUCCAGUUUUCCUCUCGCAUUUCCGCCGACGGUGGCACGCGGCUUUGGUUGGCCCAAAUUGGGCUUGGGCGUUGAAGGUGUCAAUGGGCGCGCUGGGAAGUGGCUGCUCGAUAUGCUUACCGGUCAAGCGGCUGCUGCGCAUGCUCCUGACGGCGAGCAGCGGAUAUCCAUAAGCGAGAAGGGAGGAGCUAGCGUGCGGAUCAGAGGCUGGGCGUUGCUUGAUUUCUAUCGGGACCCGGAGGACAACGGUAUCGUACCAUUGCUUGUGGAGUGCAACUUUAGAGGUAGGAAGGUAGGAGAGGAGGGUUGGCAGUAA